CGAACUCGUUAGGUUAUCAGUUCAAGAAAGCAGGACUUAAUUGAUAUGAGGAGAAGCAUGAUAUGAUGGGACGUAUGGCUAGGCUGCAUCGAUUGGCUUGCAAGACUAGUACAUAGCAUUAAUGGUAACGUUUAAUUAGAGACCACCGACAUGGUCAGUUCUAUUAUUGCCAAGUUUGGAAGUCUUGACACACAUGUAUAUGACUUGGUUGGGUGCCUCAACUGAGGGAGGGGUACUGCGUCACGACACAAUAGGAAAUCUUCAAGGGUUCACCUAUGGCGGGGCAUCCAAUGUCAUACAACCCACCGCCGCCACAGCUGUUGCUCCUUGUUCCUCUUACAUGACAACCUCACAGACAACAUGGGCAAAAACGACAAGAAAGGUGCUGAUAAGGGAGGCAAGGGCAAGGCAGAUAAGGGCAAAGAUGCAAAGGACUCUGGCGGCAAAUCCAAAGGUGCCCAGAGCAUCAACGUCCGUCACAUCUUGUGCGAGAAACACGCCAAGAAGGAGGAGGCUCUAGCAAAGUUGAACGACGGCGUCAAGUUCGAUGAGGUCGCAAGGGAGUACUCAGAAGACAAGGCCAGACAAGGUGGUUCGCUGGGUUGGAAGACCAAGGGUAGCUUGGACCCCAAGUUUGAAGAGGUGGCUUUUGCUCUUGAGCCCAGCACAACGGCCAGUCCAAAAUUUGUAGAGUGCAAGACGGAGUUUGGAUAUCAUAUAAUUAUGGUUGAGGGACGAAAGUAGUUGGAGCAUAGACACGUUAAACAUGCAUGACAAUUACAACAAAAACACAUGAGACAAGUUGAGGAUCUAAUUUGAUGCCCAAUUUUUUUUAUUCCUCUCAAAUGCAAUAUGGCCGUGAGAUACGAGGCCUAAACCGUUUUAGAUGCCAACCGAAGUGGCUAGAGUACAAGCGAAAAGUCGUGUCGAGCGGUCUCGAAA